CAUGGAGGCUUUCCCGUGGGCGCCCCGCUCGUCCCGCCGCGGCCGCGCCCCCGCGCCCAUGGCGCUCGUGCCCAGUGCCCGCUACGUGAGCGCCCAGGGCCCGGCGCACCCUCAGCCCUUCAGCUCGUGGAACGACUACCUGGGGCUCGCCACACUCAUCACUAAGGCAGUGGACAGCGAGCCGCGCUUCGACUGCGCCCGCAGCGGAGACGGCGGCGGAGGCGGUGGCUCCCCGCCCUCCUCCCCCUCCUCGUCCUGCUGCUCCCCCCACGCGGGGGCCGGGCCCGGGGCGCUGGGGCCGGCGCUGGGGCCGCCCGACUAUGACGACGACGACGACGACAGCGACGAGCCGGGGUCCCGAGGCCGCUACCUGGGGGGCACGCUGGAGCUGCGCGCACUAGAGCUGUGCGCUGGCCCCGCCGAGGCCGGGCUGCUGGAGGAGCGCUUCGCCGAGCUGAGCCCGUUCGCUGGGCGCGCUGCAGCCGUGCUGCUGGGCUGCGCGCCCGCUGCCACCGCCGAGGUGGCGCAGCGCGAAGAGCGGGCCCCGGCGUGGGUGGCCGAGCCUCGGCUGCACGCCGCCUCCGGCGCGGCCGCCACCCGACUGCUCAAGCCCGACCUGCAGGUGUGCGUGUUCUGCCGGAAUAACAGGGAGGCGGUGGCGCUCUACACCACCCACAUCCUGAAGGGACCCGACGGGCGAGUACUGUGCCCCGUGCUGCGCCGCUACACGUGUCCCCUGUGCGGCGCCAGCGGCGACAACGCGCACACCAUCAAGUACUGCCCGCUCUCCAAAGUGCCACCGCCGCCCGCCGCCCGCCCGCCGCCGCGCAGCGCCAGAGACGGCCUGCCCGGCAAGAAGCUGCGCUGAGAGCCUCGGCGCCGGUCUAUGGCCACCAGGGCCACCGCCCGGCCACUCUCGUGGUCUUCGCACUAUCUUUCCGCCGCUGUCGAGGAGGCGUGGAGCUCAGCAGUUGGCUCAACUUGAGUCGCCGUCUUCGUUUUUCCGAAGCAAGUCGGCCGUACGGAGUACUUUCCUGUUGAAGAUCAGUUGAGACUACACGCUAGAUAUCUUCUCUCGCGUUCCUAGUUUGUGCACAUCCAAACGAUGAAGGCUGGAUGUUUUACUGCAUUAACUGAAAUACAAUUUAGAGGAGCUGUUUACUGUAUACAUCGGCCUGUUUUAGAUGUGCAUCAGUAUGAAAUUGUCUCAAUCUAAUCUUGGAUGUUUAAUUUUAUGAAUGGAGGCACUUUACUAGGUCUAGAAUAUUUUUUUAAAAGCCUCCAUCUAAAACUGGCGAUUUUAUGGAAUGUCGGUAAAAUGAAUUUUAUUGUUUGAAAGAAUAUUUUAGUUGUCCUAAAAAGUUAUUCUAAUUCCAAGUGAGGCAAGCCCCUGGUAGCAUCACUGUUUUGAAAAGUGAAGAUUUAGUAAAUACUUUCCAGUAUUAAUCUGGAUGGGUAGUUCCUCCUUGUGGCUUGUUUCUGUCCUAACUGGAGGUGUAAAAUGCACAAUCUGUAGCAGGUAGAAGCUCUCUAUCCUUUUGUGUACCAGGAUCUUUUAUUAAUGAACUAGCAACUAGCAUUUUUCACCUUUAAAAAUUGUGCCAACUUAUAAUCCUAUUGUGUAUACACUUGGAAAUGGUGCUGUUUAAAGAAUUUGACGUGUGUAUUUAUACAGUUAAUAGUACAUGAAUUCAUUAUAAUCUUGCCUAUAA